CCGUGCCCAAACGCAAUAUACGUGUGCCACUGGCAAGGCAGGCUUCGUGCCGCUCUCACAGCCGUCUGCGCCGAUAGAGCGAAACGCUGGCGCGCGGGAUGCCGGAGGUCUAGCUGAGACCCGAGGCUGAUCAGCUGACGCUGGGCGGCGCUGUCCACGACAGAAUCAUGGAGUCGGAGGAUGACGGCGAGCGGCCGGGCCCAAUACACGACGCUGCCAUCGAAUGCGACGUUGAAGCGUUACGAAGCGAGCUCGCGCGGGGCGUGUCGGCGAAUCAACGCAUCCCAGGCAAUGACAACACGCCCCUCCAUUGGCUCUGCUAUAGCGACAAGGCCGACUGGGCGAUAGGCGGAGCAGAGUGCUUCCACGUGCUCCUGGCCGCAGGAGCCGAUAUCAACGCAGCUUGCGACAUCUUUGGUGACACGCCGCUAUCCGUGGCAGCUUGUAGAGUGCACCCCAGCUUACAACUGCUCCUCGAGGCAGGGGCUGACGUGAACUUGAGGCCCCCCGAUCAACUUGAGGGCGGCCCCUGGAAUUUAACGGCCCUGGAGAAGGUAAUUAUGUGCCGCGGGUACGGAGCUCGCCGUCGCCGCGCCUACCCAAUUCUUCUCCGUGCGGGCUCUGAACUCCCCACGGCUCAAUUCAUGCAAGGCGAGCGCGACCGCCUCGGCAAUGGGAAUGGACAGGGCGUCUUCAGUGAGCCUUACAUUGAGAAGGUGAUAACCGCCGGCAGCCUCGCGAACUACGAACGCCUUCACCUUACGAAGCUCACUAGCAUGUUCCAGCCGAAGUUCCCGUUUCUGCCGAAGGAAGUCAUCCAGCGCGUCGUCGAAUUCUGGUCUCACGCGGGUGAUUACUAGUCACGGUACCUAGGGGCGCGCGCGUAACGUGUUGUUCUUGU